AUGAAACCUGAACCUAAAAACUCAUGGAAAGGUAAGGAAAUAAAUUAAUGCAAGCAAUAUUUAAAGAGAGACAUGAUUAAUUGAGGUACACUUCCACUAUAAACAACCAUAUCGUUUGUUUGAUCGAUCAGUCAGUGUAGAAAAUAUUUAAUUUUCGAUCUACAGCGAAGCGUGCUCAAAUUCGCAAGCCAGGCGCGCGUGGAGUCCUUUCCUUGCAGAUGAAAUAUGAUCCAGCUUCUCGCUUGAAAUGUACUGCAACACUUAUUAUAUUGAUCACAUUCAGUAUAGCAGGAAGUCGUGUUAUGAUAAAUACGAAUUUAGAACAUUUCUUUCACGAUUUCUUGUUGCAAAUUACAUUUUUAUCACCCGAAACUAUAACACAUAAAGUUGCAACUUUCCAACCGUAACAAAUCUGGGGGCCACGUGACAAUUAAACUUCGAUCAAGGUUUUUCCUCCACAAAAAAGGGAAACGCCUGGGAAUGAGGUUGAUGAUAGGUAGGUAGCACAUUUGAAAUUUAAUUCGUGCAUGCAUUCCUUGAUUGACGAGCCAUACAAUAAUGUUAAUUCAAUUAUUCAUUUUCAUUUCUAAUUUGCAUAUUAUCCUUGUAUUUCCUGGACAUUAAUUAGGAAUUUUGAAAACACCAAAAGAUCCACUUGCUUGUCCCCAAAGCGCUGACGUUCCUUUCAUACAGUCCGAAGACUGUCUAGUUGUUCACGUAUGGACUCCACAUCCAAGACCGAAAGGAGCUACAGUUAUG